AGUAAAAAAAGGAAUCUAGUGGAUAAUGAAAUACUUUUGAGGGAAACUGUACACAUUUGAGCCAAAGUAUAGUAAUCUAAAGGCUGAGUCUGUUCUGUAAUGAGGGCAUGUGAUUGUGUUAAUCUUUAGGAAAGCUAUGAAUGAAGCCCUCAUUAUGAAUGUCUGAACUUCUGAGCAGCCCUUUGUUUUGUUAUAACAAGCUGUGCUCAGUGCUGAACUGCAGCUAAAAUCCUUUAAGAUGUGCACCAAACUGAAUUCCUGUCCGCUGUCUGUGAAAUAAUGAGAAACACUCAGUAGGCAGUCACUUGAAGUUUGCAAUGGAGACGUUGGUGGUGGUUUCUACAUUGCUGCCUACUGGAACUGGAACAGAAAAUAUUUCUGAUAUUUUCUCAGAAAUCCAUUCUGUCUUUUCCCAGACCGAGCACAACAUAGUUGCAGCCUAUCUAAUCACAGCAGGUGUAAUAAGCCUUUUAAGCAACAUUAUAGUUCUUGGAAUCUUUGUUAAGUACAAGGAACUCCGUACGGCAACCAAUGCAAUCAUUAUCAAUCUGGCAUUCACUGAUAUUGGCGUCAGUGGGAUUGGGUAUCCAAUGUCUGCAGCAUCUGAUCUUCAUGGAAGCUGGAAAUUUGGAUAUGUAGGAUGUCAGAUUUAUGCUGGUCUGAAUAUCUUUUUUGGUAUGGCGAGUAUAGGAUUGCUGACUGUUGUUGCAAUUGACCGCUAUCUGACCAUCUGCAGACCAGAUAUAGGGAGAAGAAUAACAAGUUGUCAUUACACAGCAAUGAUCCUUGCUGCAUGGAUUAAUGCUGUCUUCUGGUCUGUGAUGCCUAUUGUGGGCUGGUCAAGCUAUGCCCCUGAUCCUACUGGAGCCACAUGUACCAUUAAUUGGAGGAAAAAUGAUGUGUCUUUCAUCUCCUACACAAUGAGUGUGGUUGCUGUAAACUUUGUUGUGCCUUUGAUGGUGAUGUUUUACUGUUAUUAUAAAGUAUCCCGCACAAUGAAAGGUUAUGGCAGCAGGAGCAGUCUUGGGGGCAGUAAUGCUGAUUGGUCAGAUCAAGCUGAUGUGACAAAGAUGUCUGUAGUGAUGAUUCUCAUGUUUCUGGUGGCCUGGUCUCCAUAUAGCAUUGUGUGUUUAUGGUCAUCCUUUGGAGAUCCGAGAAAAAUCCCUCCUGCAAUGGCUAUUAUUGCCCCUCUGUUUGCCAAGUCGUCUACUUUCUACAACCCUUGCAUUUAUGUUAUAGCAAAUAAAAAGUUUAGAAGAGCCAUACUGUCCAUGGUCCAGUGCAAAUCACAACAGGAAAUAACUCUUGAUAACCACUUCCCAAUGAAUGUUUCUCAAAGCACCCUGACCACAUGAGAACCAGUCACAUAAUACAAGGAUGCAAGUGAAAUCUGAAAAGUAGUGAAAUGUGAAAUAGAAAUUAUUUUAAAGGGGACCUUUCACCCUUAGAAAUAAUUCCAAAUUAUUUUCUAUUGUGUUUGGCAAACAAAAUAAACUUUACUUACACUACAUAAAUUA